AUGGCUAAGCGCUGGAUGUUGUUCUGUUUCGCUGGGAUUUUCUUCUCAGCAAUUUUGUCCUUGAAUGUUUUGGCCCGUACAGAUGAUCUUGAUGUCCAAGUACUUCGAUCAAUGUAUAAUGCCCUGAAUAGGCCGCCACAGUUGAAGGGUUGGAAAUCAGAAGGUGGUGAUCCAUGUGAUGAAUCAUGGGAGGGAAUUUCCUGCACUGGUUCAUCAGUAAUCUUCGUCAACCUACAUGGACUAGAGCUUACUGGUAAUCUUGGUCUGGAGCUCUUCAACUUACGUAGCUUGAAGCAGCUGGACGUUAGCUCAAAUAACAUUCAGGGUGAGAUCCCACUCGGUUUACCUAUUAAUCUCACUCACCUGAAUUUGGCUAACAACAACUUCAGUCAAAACAUUCCCGUCUCUUUGUCUUACAUGAGGCAUCUCCGGCAUCUGAAUCUGAGCCACAAUGCCUUAUCGGGAGUAUUGGGAGAUGUCUUUACUGACCUUGAAAAGCUGAUAGAGAUGGAUUUGUCAUACAAUAAGUUCAGUGGAGAUCUACCUAGUUCUUUUGGAUCUUUGGCAAAUCUUACAAGAUUAUAUUUGCAGGGAAAUGAAUUUACUGGAUCUGUAGUAUAUUUGGCUGACCUCCCACUCUCAGAUUUGAAUAUUGAGGACAACCACUUUAGUGGUGUUAUCCCGGAAAAAUUUCAAUCUAUAAACAACUUAUGGUUUGGUGGCAAUAGAUUUGACAGUGGAAAAAAUUACCCAUACGCUCCCUGGAAGUAUCCUUUUGAGGAUUUUCCAAAUGAGCAGAGUAUAACUGGUCCACCAACUCAAGAAUCCAGUGCCAUAGAAAGUUAUCCUACUCACAAAGUAGGAGGACAUAAAAGAAGAAGACUGGGUUCGAGUAAAAUCGGUUUUCUGGUUGGUGGUGGCACACUGGUGGCAUUCUGCGCGGCACUUGCUUUGGUGGUUCGCAUUCGCCGAGCUCAGAAUCAAAAGCUCAGGAGCAUAGGGAGCAGUCGGCAUUCUCUGAAUUCUCUUGCAUUUAGUACAAGCGGAGAGUUUUCUUCCACAGCCGCUGAGGGUAGCCCGCACCUAUCAAUACUUAGCUCUUCUUCAGGAAUCAAAUCCUUGCAUUUACCUCCCAUUCGUAGCAAACCAAUGAAAGUCUCCAGAAGAAGUUUUUCCAAGACGAGCAAAGUCCCGAUAAGUGCAAAACGCUACACUGUGGCAGAGCUUCAACUAGCAACAAACAGCUUCAGUGAGGAAAACCUUCUUGGAUGGGGAUCCCUUGGCUCUGUUUAUAGCGCAAAGUUGCCUGAUGGAGAGUUGUUGGCAGUCAAGAACAUUAGCACUGUAGAAUUGUCUCUUCAUGAAGAAGAACAAUUCUUGAAUGUUGUAAGGAAUGCUUCCAGAUUGAGACAUCCUAACAUUGUAACACUCCUUGGCUACUGUAUGGAGCAUGGACAGCAUCUCCUUGUCUAUGAGUAUGUUAGGAAUUUGUCACUUGACGAUGCCUUGCAUUGUACUGAGUACACACCGCUAUCUUGGGAUCUUCGUCUACGAAUUGCUCUUGGUGUAGCUCGGGGGGUGAAUUACCUGCAUUCCUCCUGCGAACCUCCAGUUGCCCACAGCAAUUUGAAAGCAGCCAAUGUCUUACUUGAUGAAGAUCUGAGGCCUCGCAUUUGCGACUCUGGCCUGGCUAUCUUGAGACCCCUCUCAAGCAACAGUGUAAAACUCAAGGCUUCUGAAAUGGCUAUUGCUGAUAGUGGCUACAUUGCGACUGAAGAUGUUUACAUUGGAAUGAAUAACUUGAAGGCUGAUGUCUAUGCCUUUGGUGUGUUGCUUUUAGAGCUUUUAACAGGAAGGCCAUCUUUUGACAGUUCAAAACCAACAGAAGAGCAGUUCCUGGUCCAGUGGGCUUCAAGGAGGCUUCAUGAUAGUGAUUACCUGGCUGGAAUGGUUGAUCCAGCAAUCAAAACAUCAAUCUCCCCCCAGGAUCUUUCUCGUUUUGCUGACAUCGUCUCCCUCUGUGUCCAGCCUGUGAGGGAAUUUCGUGCAACAAUGUCUGAAGUUGUGGAGUCACUGUUAGUUUUUAUACAAAAGCCUGCCCCAGGAAUAGGAACAGACACAGCAGAUGGUGAAGGUGACCCCUGCAAUCGAUCAUUCCGCUCCACGAACUCGCGCUUUUUUGGAUCACCAACACUGAGCUACUAUUCCAUUUGA